GACAAUUGAUUCUGAUUUACGGCAGAUGCAUGACGACACGAGUUGUCAGCAUGAGAGGUCAAUUGUGACAAUAGUACGAAGACACAUGGUGGGACGUUCUGGUAAUCGAUCGUAACAUCAACUCAACAUAACAUCAGCAUGGCGAGCUCCGCCGUGGUGGCGGGAUUGGCUCUAGCAGCGGCAGGGUUUGCAGGACGUUAUGUGUUGCAAGCAGCAAAACACAUGGAGCCUCAGAUGAAACAAGCCCUACAGAACAUCCCCAAAUCGGCUUUUGGAAAUGGGUACUACCGGGGAGGGUUCGACCCAAAGAUGACCAAGAGAGAGGCGGCGCUGGUUUUAGGUGUCAGCCCAACAGCAAAUAAGAAUAAGAUCCGAGAAGCCCACAGAAAAAUGAUGAUUCUAAACCACCCAGACAGAGGUGGAUCUCCAUACCUCGCCGCCAAGAUAAAUGAAGCAAAGGAUCUGAUGGAUGGGCAAAAAUAAACAAGUGUCUGGGUUUUGUUUUGUCACAUUGACAAUAAUUGUCUACUCUGUAUAUUCACCUUGCCAGGAAAGACCAGAGUACGCUAUGUGCUGUACAAAAUAUUUGUGAUGCCCCUGUUUUAGCCUUUACAAUUAUCCACUUGAGAAGUUUGGUUUUGAUUCCUUAAAUGCUUGUAUACUUGUUAUAUGUUCAGAUGGCUUUACUUCGAUCAUAGCCCUAUGAAAUUGAAAUCAAGGUACAAAUGGUAUUUGGGAGUCCACUGGACUUAACCUUACCCUGUAAAAAUGAGAUGCAUUAAACAUUUUCUGACAAAUUAUAUUGUUUCUUUAAAUGAUUAUGAUGGUGCCUAGCAUUCAACAAACACUUAUGACCAGUUGCCAAAGAAUGAUUCAACGCAGAUGCAUAUGCAAGUCAUGUCAAUUUGACUUUUUUUUAAGAUCUUGAGGGAAGAUCAUGUUUAUUUAAGAACUACCUGCAUACAAAACAUAUUGCACAUCAACCAACCAGAAUGAUUCUUAAAAAACAAAACAAGAAAGUACUGUAGUCGCCCACAAAGAGGAACCACCUGGGGAGCCACACAACACUCAGUAGUCCAAAUUGUCAUCCAUCUUAAAAUAAACAAGCUUAUUAACGCCAGUUUUAGUGUCAAGAAGAAGACAGCCUCACUAACU